GCGCCUGCGCACUGCGUCUCUUCCUCUCUGGGCUCGGGCCUGGUUCGCGGCGCUAUGGCUAAACGCACCAAGAAGGUCGGAAUCGUUGGUAAAUACGGGACACGCUAUGGUGCCUCCCUGCGGAAAAUGGUGAAGAAGAUUGAAAUCAGCCAGCACGCCAAGUAUACUUGCUCCUUUUGUGGCAAAACCAAGAUGAAGAGACGAGCAGUAGGGAUCUGGCACUGUGGUUCCUGCAUGAAGACAGUAGCUGGUGGUGCCUGGACCUACAACACCACUUCUGCUGUCACGGUAAAGUCCGCCAUCAGAAGACUGAAGGAAUUGAAAGACCAGUAGAGGCUCUACCAUUUGAGACAUCACUAGCCUGUAAUAAAUGGGUUAAUUUAUAUAACAAAAUUGA